AUGAAAAGUUUACUUGGCGAUAGACACAUUGACAAUAAUCUCUUUUAUCAACUGUGGCUCCGCCGACUCCCUGCAAAUAUACAGCAGAUCCUAGCUGUGGGAGAUACGGAUGCUGAUUUAGACAAUAUAGCAAAGAUAGCCGAUAGAAUAUACGAAAGAAGCAAGCAAGCAAGCCCUCCACUACACAAUGUGACGGUAGACGAUAGACUUGAUACUCUACAGAAGGAAAUAAAUGUUUUGUGCCGAAAACUCUCAGAGUUAACGCAGAGAGAAAAGCCACGAAGGUCAUCGCGAGAUCGUUCGCGUGAAAGGACCCGGUCAACUUCUAGACGACGCACAACUCCCGCGAUAUGUUGGUAUCAUCAAAUGUUCGGCUACAGGGCCAGAAAGUGCCUACAACCUUGUAGAUUUAACAGGAAUAGUAACCGAUACCCACGAGUAUCAAUGGCAACAGCAUCAACACACAUAAUGCCUGAAAAUAGUCGCCUCUUUUAUAUACAAGACCGGACCACUGGCGCACAAUUCUUAGUUGACACUGGAGCGGAAAUUAGCGUAGUACCUCCAUUUAACGAGGAAAGAAAAAACAUUAACCCGUCGUUAGUGCUAAGAGCAGCAAACAAAUCAGAUAUUAAGACAUAUGGUAAACGGAAAUUGUCCCUAGAUUUUGGACGUGGCGCUUCAUACCGUUGGAACUUUGUCAUAGCAGACGUAUCGAUGCCCAUAAUAGGCAUAGAUUUCUUAUGUAACUUUGACCUGCUAGUAGACUCUAGACGACACAGACUUAUAAACGGCAGUCAAACCACUUCGAUAA